AUGGCGGCGGCGGCGGCGGCCGUGGCGGGGGCGGGGCGCGGCAGCGGCGGCGGCGGCGCGGAGCCCCGGCAGGAGCGAAGCCGGGCCCGGGGCUGGGCCGGUGCCGAGCGCAGCGAAGGCCGAAGGAUAGAGCCAGGUGAGGAGCUGGAGGAGGAGGACUCUCCAGGCGGCCGUGAGGAUGGCUUCACUGCUGAACACCUGGCUGCGGAGGCCAUGGCAGCUGACAUGGACCCCUGGUUGGUGUUUGAUGCCCGUACCACACCUGCCUCCGAGCUGGAUGCCUGGUUAGCCAAGUACCCACCAUCCCAAGUUACCCGCUACGGGGAUCCCAGCUCGCCCAACUCUGAGCCCGUGGGCUGGAUUGCAGCAUAUGGGCAGGGCUACAUCCCCAACUCUGGCGAUGUGCAGGGCCUGCAAGCAGCCUGGGAGGCUCUGCAGACCAGUGGGCGGCCCAUCACCCCGGGUACCCUCCGUCAGCUGGCCAUCACCCACCACGUGCUCUCGGGCAAGUGGCUGAUGCACCUGGCACCUGGCUUCAAGCUGGACCAUGCCUGGGCUGGCAUUGCUCGGGCUGUGGUUGAGGGCCGGCUUCAGGUGGCCAAGGUGAGCCCACGGGCCAAGGAGGGUGGGCGCCAGGUCAUCUGUGUUUACACGGACGACUUCACGGACCGCUUGGGUGUGCUGGAGGCAGAUGCAGCCAUCCGUGCAGCGGGCAUUAAGUGCCUGCUCACCUACAAGCCUGAUGUCUACACCUAUCUGGGCAUCUACCGGGCCAACCGUUGGCACCUCUGCCCCACUCUCUAUGAGAGUCGUUUCCAGCUAGGGGGCAGUGCUCGUGGCUCCCGUGUGCUGGACCGCGCCAACAAUGUGGAACUGACCUAGUGGGGCUAUGUGUGGAAGACCAUCCUCCGCGUCCCCUCCGUCUUCCUCCUUCCUGUCCCAAGGAGGACAAGUCCCCCAGCUCUGAGGAUUAGGUCACGCUGGAACUGCCUGCAUCUUCAAUCCCCUUGAACUUCUGCCCUCUGUUCAGAGCUGACUCAAGUCCCCAUCAACUGGAGGCUCUGGCUCUCUGAGGGCCGGACCCUCAGCCUCUCUUUGCUGCUGCUCCCCCCUGCCAUCCAGGACCACAGUCUGGGUGCAGACACCCAGAAGGAGAACCUUCCUUGGCCAUCCUCAGCCUUGGGUUUACCUUCCCCUCUUGUAUCCCUCCCCCGUCCUCUCUUUCUCCCUCACAAGAGAGAAAACUGAAAACUUAGUGCUUCCAGUCCCUCUCCUUGGAGCCUUCACAGUCCAGGGUGCAGAAGCCCUGCAGGCCUGAGCAUGCCAUUUUUUAGAGGGGGUGGUGAUUGUUCCCACUUAGCCUCUGGCAAAGAAAGGGGAUGCCAGAGCCAUGGACAUGGGGUCUGCUCCUUCCUGUCACCUCACAAUCGCACCACCCUUCCUCCUUCCUUCAUUACCUUGUCAUGUGCCUGCUCUUGGCAUUUCAAUAAAACCCAGCUCGGGUCUGUGUCUUGAGUGUUUUUUAAAAUACUGUGUUAGUGGUUACUUGCUUUGGUUAUUGGAGAGGCGGGGCCAGGAAAGCUUGCACCUCUGCCCUGACUGGGCCCUCCUAACUGCCACCAGUAAUAUGAUACACCUGGAUGCCAAAGUUGGGAACCUCUCUGAGAGCCUCUGCAAAGCCAGCCCUGCUUCCCCUCCAU